AUGCCGGGCCGCGACACAGCGCCUCAGCCUCAGGGGAAACAUGUCUCCUGUAGGACACCCCCAAACAUCACCGCCUACCCAGCCGCCCACACUCCCUGCAUGCCGAGCCGCGCCGCAGCGCUCCAGCCUCAGGGGGAACGUGUCUCCUGUGGGACACCACCAAACAUCACCGCCUACCCAGCCGCCCACACUCCCUGCAUGCCGGGCCGCGCCGCAGCGCCUCAGCCUCAGGGGGAUCGUGUCUCCUGUAGGACACCCCCAAACAUCACCGCCUACCCAGCCGCCCACACUCCCUGCAUGCCGGGCCGCGCCGCAGCGCCUCAGCCUCAGGGGGAACGUGUCUCCUGUGGGACACCACCAAACAUCACCGCCUGCCCAGCUGCCCACACUGCCUGCAUGCCGGGCCGCACCGCAGCGCUCCAGCCUCAGGGGGAACGUGUCUCCUGUGGGACACCACCAAACAUCACCGCCUGCCCAGCUGCCCACACUGCCUGCAUGCCGGGCCGCACCGCAGCGCUCCAGCCUCAGGAGGAAUGUGUCUCCUUUGGGACACCGCCAAACAUCAUUGCCUGCCCAGCCACCCACACUCCCUACAUGUCGGGCUGCGCCACAGCGCCUCAGCCUCAGGGGGAACGUGUCUCCUGUGGGACACCACCAAACAUCAUUGCCUGCCCAGCCACCCACACUCCCUGCAUGCCGGGCCGCGCUGCAGUGCCUCAGCCUCAGGGGGAACGUGUCUCCUGUAGGACACCCCCAAACAUCACCGCCUACCCAGCCGCCCACACUCCCUGCAAGCCGGGCCGCGCCACAGCGCCUCAGCCUCAGGGGAAACAUGUCUCCUGUAGGACACCCCCAAACAUCACCGCCUACCCAGACGCCCACACUCCCUGCAUGCCGGGCCGCGCCGCAGCGCCUCAGCCUCAGGGGGAACGUGUCUCCUGUGGGACACCACCAAACAUCACCGCCUGCCCAGCCGCCCACACUGCCUGCAUGCCGGGCCGCACCGCAGCGCUCCAGGAUCAGGGGGAACGUGUCUCCUGUGGGACACCACCAAACAUCACCGCCUGCACAGCUGCCCACACUGCCUGCAUGCCUGGCCGCACCGCAGAGCUCCAGCCUCAGGAGGAACGUGUCUCCUGUGGGACACCACCAAACAUCACCACCUACCCAGCUGCCCACACUGCCUGCAUGCCGGGCCGCGCCGCAGCGCCUCAGCCUCAGGGGGAACGUGUCUCCUGUGGGACACCACCAAACAUCACCGCCUGCCCAGCUGCACACACUGCCUGCAUGCCGGGCCGCACCGCAGUGCUCCAGCCUCAGGGGGAACGUGUCUCCUGUGGGACACCACCAAACAUCAUUGCCUGCCCAGCCACCCACACUCCCUGCAUGCCGGGCCGCGCCGCAGUGCCUCAGCCUCAGGGGGAACGUGUCUCCUGUAGGACACCCCCAAACAUCACCGCCUACCCAGCCGCCCACACUCCCUGCAUGCCGGGCCGCGCCGCAGCGCCUCAGCCUCAGGGGGAACGUGUCUCCUGUGGGACACCACCAAACAUCACCGCCUGCCCAGCUGCCCACACUGCCUGCAUGCCGGGCCGCACCGCAGCGCUCCAGCCUCAGGGGGAACGUGUCUCCUGUGGGACACCACCAAACAUCACCGCCUGCCCAGCUGCCCACACUGCCUGCAUGCCGGGCCGCACCGCAGCGCUCCAGCCUCAGGAGGAAUGUGUCUCCUUUGGGACACCGCCAAACAUCAUUGCCUGCCCAGCCACCCACACUCCCUACAUGUCGGGCUGCGCCACAGCGCCUCAGCCUCAGGGGGAACGUGUCUCCUGUGGGACACCACCAAACAUCAUUGCCUGCCCAGCCACCCACACUCGCUGCAUGCCGGGCCGCGCUGCAGUGCCUCAGCCUCAGGGGGAACGUGUCUCCUGUAGGACACCCCCAAACAUCACCGCCUACCCAGCCGCCCACACUCCCUGCAAGCCGGGCCGCGCCACAGCGCCUCAGCCUCAGGGGAAACAUGUCUCCUGUAGGACACCCCCAAACAUCACCGCCUACCCAGACGCCCACACUCCCUGCAUGCCGGGCCGCGCCGCAGCGCCUCAGCCUCAGGGGGAACGUGUCUCCUGUGGGACACCACCAAACAUCACCGCCUGCCCAGCCGCCCACACUGCCUGCAUGCCGGGCCGCACCGCAGCGCUCCAGGAUCAGGGGGAACGUGUCUCCUGUGGGACACCACCAAACAUCACCGCCUGCACAGCUGCCCACACUGCCUGCAUGCCUGGCCGCACCGCAGAGCUCCAGCCUCAGGAGGAACGUGUCUCCUGUGGGACACCACCAAACAUCACCACCUACCCAGCUGCCCACACUGCCUGCAUGCCGGGCCGCGCCGCAGCGCCUCAGCCUCAGGGGGAACGUGUCUCCUGUGGGACACCACCAAACAUCACCGCCUGCCCAGCUGCACACACUGCCUGCAUGCCGGGCCGCACCGCAGUGCUCCAGCCUCAGGGGGAACGUGUCUCCUGUGGGACACCACCAAACAUCAUUGCCUGCCCAGCCACCCACACUCCCUGCAUGCCGGGCCGCGCCGCAGUGCCUCAGCCUCAGGGGGAACGUGUCUCCUGUAGGACACCCCCAAACAUCACCGCCUACCCAGCCGCCCACACUCCCUGCAUGCCGGGCCGCGCCACAGCGCCUCAGCCUCAGGGGAAACAUGUCUCCUGUAGGACACCCCCAAACAUCACCGCCUACCCAGCCGCCCACACUCCCUGCAUGCCGGGCCGCGCCGCAGCGCCUCAGCCUCAGGGGGAACGUGUCUCCUGUGGGACACCACCAAACAUCACCGCCUGCCCAGCUGCCCACACUACCUGCAUGCCGGGCCGCACCGCAGCGCUCCAGCCUCAGGGGGAACGUGUCUCCUGUGGGACACCACCAAACAUCACCGCCUGCCCAGCUGCCCAAACUGCCUGCAUGCCUGGCCGCACCGCAGAGCUCCAGCCUCAGGAGGAACGUGUCUCCUGUGGGACACCACCAUACAUCACCAUCUACCCAGCUGCCCACACUGCCUGCAUGCCGGGCCGCGCCGCAGCGCCUCAGCCUCAGGGGGAACGUGUCUCCUGUGGGACACCACCAAACAUCACCGCCUACCCAGCCGCCCACACUCCCUGCAUGCCGGGCCGUGCCACAGCGCCUCAGCCUCAGGGGAAACAUGUCUCCUCUAGGACACCCCCAAACAUCACCGCCUACCCAGCCGCCCACACUCCCUGCAUGCCGGGCCACGCCGCAGCGCUCCAGCCUCAGGGGGAACGUGUCUCCUGUGGGACACCACCAAACAUCACCGCCUACCCAGCCGCCCACACUCCCUGCAUGCCGUGCCGCGCCGCAGCGCCUCAGCCUCAGGGGGAACGUGUCUCCUGUGGGACACAACCAGACAUCACCGCCUACCCAGCCGCCAACACUCCCUGCAUGCCGGGCCGCGCCGCAGCGCCUCAGCCUCAGGGGGAACGUGUGUCCUGUGGGACACCCCCAAACAUCACCGCCUACCCAGCCGCCCACACUCCCUGCAUGCCGGCCCGCGCCACAGCGCCUCAGCCUCAGGGGAAACAUGUCUCCUGUAGGACACCCCCAAACAUCACCGCCUACCCAGCCGCCCACACUGCCUGCAUGCCGGGCCGCGCCGCACCGCCUCAGCCUCAGGGGGAACGUGUCUCCUGUGGGACACCACCAAACAUCACCGCCUGCCCAGCUGCCCACACUGCCUGCAUGCCGGGCCGCACCGCAGCGCUCCAGCCUCAGGGGGAACGUGUCUCCUGUGGGACACCACCAAACAUCACCGCCUGCCCAGCUGCCCACACUGCCUGCAUGCCGGGCCGCACCGCAGUGCUCCAGCCUCAGGAGGAAUGUGUCUCCUGUGGGACACCACCAAACAUCAUUGCCUGCCCAGCCACCCACACUCCCUCCAUGCCGGGCCGCGCCACAGCGUCUCAGCCUCAGGGUAACGUGUCUCCUGUGGGACACCACCAAACAUCAUUGCCUGCCCAGCUGCCCACACUCCCUGCAUGCCGGGCCGCGCCGCAGCGCCUCAGCCUCAGGGGGAACGUGUCCCCUGUAGGACACCCCCAAACAUCACCGCCUACCCAGCUGCCCACACUCCCUGCAUGCCGGGCCGCGCCACAGCGCCUCAGCCUCAGGGGAAAUAUGUCUCCUGUAGGACACCCCCAAACAUCACCACCUACCCAGCCGCCCACACUCCCUGCAUGCCGGGCCGCGCCGCAGCGCCUCAGCCUCAGGGGGAACGUGUCUCCUGUGGGACACCACCAAACAUCACCGCCUGCCCAGCUGCCCACACUGCCUGCAUGCCGGGCCGCACCGCAGCGCCUCAGCCUCAGGGGGAACGUGUCUCCUGUGGGACACCACCAAACAUCACCGCCUACCCAGCCGCCAACACUCCCUGCAUGCCGGGCCGCGCCGCAGUGCCUCAGCCUCAGGGGGAACGUGUGUCCCGUGGGACACCCCCAAACAUCACCGCCUACCCAGCCGCCCACACUCCCUGCAUGCCGGCCCGCGCCACAGCGCCUCAGCCUCAGGGGAAACAUGUCUCCUGUAGGACACCCCCAAACAUCACCGCCUACCCAGCCGCCCACACUGCCUGCAUGCCGGGCCGCGCCGCACCGCCUCAGCCUCAGGGGGAACAUGUCUCCUGUGGGACACCACCAAACAUCACCGCCUGCCCAGCUGCCCACACUGCCUGCAUGCCGGGCCGCACCGCAGUGCUCCAGCCUCAGGAGGAAUGUGUCUCCUGUGGGACACCUCCAAACAUCAUUGCCUGCCCAGCCACCCACACUCCCUACAUUACGGGCUGCGCCACAGCGCCUCAGCCUCAGGGGGAACGUGUCUCCUGUGGGACACCCCCAAACAUCACCGCCUACCCAGCCGCCCACACUCCCUGCAUGCCGGGCCGCGCCACAGCGCCUCAGCCUCAGGGGAAACGUGUCUCCUGUGGGACACCACCAAACAUCAUUGCCUGCCCAGCCACCCACACUCCCUCCAUGCCGGGCCGCGCCACAGCGUCUCAGCCUCAGGGGGAACGUGUCUCCUGUGGGACACCACCAAACAUCAUUGCCUGCCCAGCCACCCACACUCCCUGCAUGCCGGGCCGCGCCGCAGCGCCUCAGCCUCAGGGGGAACGUGUCCCCUGUAGGACACCCCCAAACAUCACCGCCUACCCAGCUGCCCACACUCCCUGCAUGCCGGGCCGCGCCACAGCGCCUCAGCCUCAGGGGAAAUAUUUCUCCUGUAGGACACCCCCAAACAUCACCACCUACCCAGCCGCCCACACUCCCUGCAUGCCGGGCCGCGCCGCAGCGCCUCAGCCUCAGGGGGAACGUGUCUCCUGUGGGACACCACCAAACAUCACCGCCUGCCCAGCUGCCCACACUGCCUGCAUGCCGGGCCGCACCGCAGCGCCUCAGCCUCAGGGGGAACGUGUCUCCUGAGGGACACCCCCAAACAUCACCGCCUACCCAGCCGCCCACACUCCCUGCAUGCCGGGCCGCGCCACAGCGCCUCAGCCUCAGGGGAAACAUGUCUCCUGUAGGACACCCCCAAACAUCACCGCCUACCCAGCCGCCCACACUCCCUGCAUGCCGAGCCGCGCCGCAGCGCUCCAGCCUCAGGGGGAACGUGUCUCCUGUGGGACACCACCAAACAUCACCGCCUACCCAGCCGCCCACACUCCCUGCAUGCCGGGCCGCGCCGCAGCGCCUCAGCCUCAGGGGGAUCGUGUCUCCUGUAGGACACCCCCAAACAUCACCGCCUACCCAGCCACCCACACUCCCUGCAUGCCGGGCCGCGCCGCAGCGACUCAGCCUCAGGGGGAACGUGUCUCCUGUGGUACACCACCAAACAUCACCGCCUGCCCAGCUGCCCACACUGCCUGCAUGCCGGGCCGCACCGCAGCGCUCCAGCCUCAGGGGGAACGUGUCUCCUGUGGGACACCACCAAACAUCACCGCCUGCCCAGCUGCCCACACUGCCUGCAUGCCGGGCCGCACCGCAGCGCUCCAGCCUCAGGAGGAAUGUGUCUCCUUUGGGACACCGCCAAACAUCAUUGCCUGCCCAGCCACCCACACUCCCUACAUGUCGGGCUGCGCCACAGCGCCUCAGCCUCAGGGGGAACAUGUCUCCUGUGGGACACCACCAAACAUCAUUGCCUGCCCAGCCACCCACACUCCCUGCAUGCCGGGCCGCGCCGCAGUGCCUCAGCCUCAGGGUAACGUGUCUCCUGUAG